AGCAGAAACGUGUAAACGCUAUAAAACGCGGCGGCGCGGCGGGCAGCUCAGAUCGUGCGGCGGGACGGAGCUCUCCUCUUCUUCCAUCUCGUCCUCUUCGCCCUCCUUUCUUCGUCGCCGCACCCCAACAGCCGCUCCGCUCGGCAGCCGCGCAGCGGGACAGGGCGCCUUCCCCACAGCGUAGCGGAGCGCCCUCCCAAGCAGCCCCACCGACGAAUUCGCGGCUCCGUGGCGGCCAUGGAGCACCGCGGCGCCUCCCCGCUCCUCCUCGCCCUCGCCCUCCUCAGCGCCCUCUGCUGGAGGGCGCGGGCGCUGCCCCCGCGGGGCGCCGCCUUCCCUGCUGUGCCGCGACUGGGAAACAGAUUGCCCUUUGAUGCAGCCAGUGAAUCUGACCGUGCCCACGGGUCCCUAAAGUCUGAAUCAGACAUUUUGCAGAACACACUACCUGAAAAUGAGAAAUUCUAUUUUGAUUUGUCCAGAAUUAUUGAUAGAAAUGCAAGGCAUGCUGAUGGAAUUUUCACCAGUGUCUACAGCCAUCUUUUGGCUAAACUUGCUGUGAAGAGAUAUCUGCAUUCGCUUAUUAGAAAACGAGUUAGCUCCCAGGACAGCCCUGUCAAGCGCCACUCUGAUGCUGUCUUCACUGAUAACUACAGCCGCUUUCGAAAGCAAAUGGCUGUGAAGAAAUACUUAAACUCAGUUCUAACUGGAAAACGAAGCCAGGAAGAGUUAAAUCCAGCCAAACUUCGAGAUGAAGCAGAAAUUCUUGAACCUUCCUUUUCAGAAAACUAUGAUGAUGUUUCUGUAGAUGAACUGCUGAGCCACCUCCCAUUGGACCUCUGAAGGACACCUAGAAAAUUCUUCAACAAGUUAUUUUUGAGUUCCACAUAGUAUUUCAAAGAGAUGACUUUAGUCAUCAAAUCUGAACAAAUAUGUUGUGAAGUGAAAGUUGUGAUAUAUUUGUUUCUUAUGUAAUAAAAGUUGAUAUUUACAUUGUAAAUACUAUUCUAGAGUUCUCUACUGAAAGCUGUACAUAUGGAUGCGAGUUAAACAAAUGAGAAGUCUGUAAGUCCAUAUGCUGUAAAUCCUU